AUGACGGAUACGUGCUGCGUGCUGGGAAUGCAGCACCGAUCCGCUUAUUUCUGGCAGAUGCAAAACGCCAGUGCAAGUGAAUGGGAGAUUACAGGGCCUGAUAAUAAAGGGAUUUAUAAAGGCGAUCGAGAGUCCAGUGGAAAAUACACAUUUGCUGCCCACAUGGAUGGAACUUACAAGUUUUGCUUUAGCAACAGAAUGUCCACCAUGACUCCCAAGAUAGUGAUGUUCACUAUCGAUAUCGGGGAAGCUCCAAAGGGGCAAGACAUGGAGACAGAAGCUCAUCAGAACAAGCUAGAAGAGAUGAUUAAUGAGUUAGCAGUGGCCAUGACAGCUGUAAAGCAUGAACAGGAGUACAUGGAAGUUCGUGAAAGAAUACAUAGAGCAAGUAUGUACAACACAAACAGCAGAGUGGUUCUUUGGUCAUUCUUUGAAGCUCUUGUAUUAGUUGCCAUGACACUGGGACAAAUCUACUAUCUGAAGAGGUUUUUUGAAGUCCGAAGGGUUGUUUAAGAGUACUUUUCUGGUCCCGGAUUUCAGUUCACUGUCUACCAAACAUCCUGGUCACAAAAAAAGUCAUUUAGUUUCUGAACCCUCUUUACUGAACUGUAAAACUUAUUUGCUUAUGUUCCUUCCUAGUUAAAAAUUGUUUUUAUAUAUCUUCUGUAGCAAAAGCUGUUCUGAAAUCUUGUCACUUAAUUGGCAUAUUUUUUUCACUCCAUUCUGCCUAGUCUGUAUGCUAAGCGAGGUCCGAGCAAGCUGCAAGUGCUGUAAUGCAACUGUAGUAACAAGCGAUGCUGAUGUCUGUUCUAACUUCUUUUCCUCUCCUCUGUUUUCAUCAAUACUUGCAGUUCUGUCUAGGGAAAUGGUACAAGGCCCGAACGUGACUGUUUGCAUUUUUGACAUCUUUAACCCUGCAGUAGGUGUUAGGAAAUCGAAAUAAUCCCUUCUUCACUUACAUAAACUGCCAAGGAGAAGCAAUUGGAACUUUAUUCUGACAAUGAAUAAAAGACAGCUGACAGCUCCCACUCUAGUAUUCAUACCUAGUUGCUAUUUAAAAGGA